AAUAUGUAAAGAUAAAAUGUGUUUUAUUAAAUAUGAAACAUCAUUUAAUAUACAGAAAUUACAUAAAAUUAAGAAUUAACAAUAAUAGUAAUAAUAAUAAUAAUCUCUUAUCGGCUUUCGCUUAUUAUGCGAUCUUAUUUCGCAUUCAUGAUUAAGAUUGAUUAAUGCGCUAAUAAAGCAAAUUAGAUAAUGAUGUUUUAUGUUUCUACAAUUACAAAUUACAUGCAAUCAUAUGAAUGAAAUGUUUUCUUUGCAAUAGCAGGUAGUACGUGAUGUACGAUAACAUAACCAAAAGACGUACUAAUGUCUGCGUUCUACAUAUUAAAUUAAUUUUAUUUCAUAAAAUAAAUGUAAUUCAAAUAUGAAAUGAAAUGAAAGUGAUAUAGAUCAUAAAUAAUUAAAGGUAAAAUAAUAUGACAAUGCUGUUGAAUAUUUUAUCUCAUAGAAAUGUAACAAAUUCUCUUUGUAAGUUACAAUUUGUUUAUCAAUCAUUGGUAAGAAAUACUAAAUAUAGGAAUCCUAUGCUUUAUAAAUUUCUCCACUCUUCGUCCAAACGUACAUUUAGAAUAAAAAAUACAAGAGAAUGUAAGAAAGAAUUAUAUAACGAUUUGAGUAACAUAAAUACAAAUGUGCAAAAUAAUGUAAUAUUAUAUAAGAAUGAAGACACUUAUGAUUUUAUAAUAAUGAAACUACUUUUCUAUGGGUGGUUUUUUUGUAAUGCAUUAAUAGCAUGGACGACUUAUAAUCCAAAAUAUAUAACAACAUGGCGCAAGGAUAUAUCUUGGGCAGAGUACAUGAAAAUAAAUGGAGCAUCUUUCAUAUACUUUGCAUAUUCUACAAUAAUAGGACCUCCUGCCUGUGUAGUACUAUAUCUCUUUAAUCGAAGAUUAAUAAAAUACGUUGUUUUACAUAAAGGUGGCAAAGAUGUAUCUAUAAUCGCUAAUCAUGUAUUUAAAAGAUAUGAUACCAUUACAGUUCCUCUUGAAAAGGUUAAAAUGACAGUAGGAAGGCAGGAAAUGAAAUAUUUAUUGCCAAUGAAGAUUCAAGGCAGAAGAUUGUAUUUCAUUCUCGAUGGUCAAGGAAAAUUUUUAAAUGAAAAAUUAUUUGACUGUACAGUUGGAAAUAGAAGACGUUGGUAGAUGUAUUGUAUGAGUUAAAUAAAUUAUUAUAAAUAAAUUAGAGAUGUAAUACAGCUA